CAAGGCCCCAGGACUUUGGUGUCAUGCAGCAGAAGACCAGAUUAUUUCUCCGAGUUCUGAAGUAUAGUAUUCCUCAGCUGGGGAAAUGCACGCAGAAACGGAGUGUGAAUCAAAGUACCUUCGCUGAUCACUGUUACAGUAGCAUAAAGCUGAAUCACUCUCAGCCCACCAAGUGUCUGCAGCGUAAACCCAAGAUAACAGAGUUAGCAGGAAGCGGCCUGAGGAGGAGCUUCUCGUGGAAGGAUCAUCUGCCUAUUAAAGAAGAAAACAAAAAAUCCCUGUCAGAAAACAUGGAUGCUUUUGAGAAAGUGAGAACAAAAUUAGAAACACAGCCACAGGAAGAAUACGAGAUUGUCAAUCCAGAGAUUAAACAUGGCGGUUUUGUGUAUUAUCAAGAAGGCUGCUGCUUGGUUCGUUCCAAAGAUGAAGAAGCAGACAAUGAGAAUUACGAAGUUUUAUUCAAUUUGGAGGAACUUAAACUAGACCAGCCCUUCAUUGAUUGUAUCAGGGUUGCUCCAGAUGAGAAAUAUGUGGCUGCCAAGAUAAGAACUGAGGGUUCUGAAGCAUCUACCUGUGUGGUUGUGAAGCUCACUGAUCAGCCUGUAAUGGAAGCUUCUUUCCCAAAUGUGUCCAGUUUUGAAUGGGUCAAGGAUGAAGAAGAUGAAGAUGUUCUGUUUUACACUUUCCAGAGGAAUCUUCGCUGUCAGGAUGUUUAUCGGGCCACUUUCGGUGAUAACAAGCGUAAUGAGCGUUUUUACACAGAAAAAGACCCAAGCUAUUUUGUUUUCCUCUAUCUUACAAAAGAUAGUCGUUUUCUCACCAUAAAUAUUAUGAACAAGACCACUUCUGAAGUGUGGUUGAUAGAUGGCCUGAGCCCUUGGGACCCACCAGUACUAAUCCAGAAGCGAAUUCAUGGCGUCCUUUACUAUGUUGAACACAGAGAUGAUGAAUUAUACAUCCUCACUAAUGUAGGAGAGCCAACAGAAUUCAAGCUAAUGAGAACAGCAGCUGACACUCCUGCUAUCAUGAAUUGGGAUUUGUUUUUCACAAUGAAGAGGAAUACCAAAGUUGUAGACUUGGACAUGUUCAAAGAUCACUGUGUUCUGUUCCUGAAGCACAGCAAUCUGCUUUAUGUGAACGUGAUUGGUCUGGCGGAUGAUUCUGUUCGGUCUCUAAAGCUCCCUCCUUGGGCCUGUGGAUUCAUCAUAGAUACAAAUUCUGAUCCAAAGAACUGCCCUUUUCAGCUUUGCUCUCCAAUACGUCCCCCAAAAUACUACACGUAUAAGUUUGCAGAAGGCAAACUGUUUGAGGAAACUGGACAUGAAGACCCCAUCACUAAGACUAGUCGUGUUUUACGUCUAGAGGCCAAGAGUAAGGAUGGGAAAUUAGUGCCAAUGACUGUUUUCCACAAAACGGACUCUGAAGAUUUGCAGCAGAAACCUCUCUUGGUUCAUGUAUAUGGAGCUUACGGAAUAGAUUUGAAAAUGAAUUUCAGACCUGAGCGGCGGGUUUUGGUGGAUGAUGGGUGGAUAUUAGCCUAUUGCCAUGUUCGGGGUGGUGGCGAAUUAGGCCUGCAGUGGCAUGCUGAUGGCCGCCUAACUAAAAAACUCAAUGGCCUUGCUGACUUAGAGGCUUGCAUUAAGACGCUUCAUAGCCAAGGCUUUUCACAGCCAAGCCUAACUACACUGACCGCUUUCAGUGCUGGAGGGGUGCUUGCGGGAGCAUUGUGCAAUUCUAAUCCUGAGCUGCUGAAAGCCGUAACGUUGGAGGCACCUUUCUUGGAUGUUCUCAACACCAUGAUGGACACGACCCUUCCUCUGACGUUAGAAGAAUUAGAAGAAUGGGGGAAUCCUUCAUCUGAUGAAAAAUACAGGAACUACAUAAAACUUUACUGUCCCUAUCAAAAUAUUAAGCCUCAGCAUUAUCCUUCAAUUCACAUCACAGCAUAUGAAAAUGAUGAGCGUGUACCUCUGAAAGGAAUCAUGAACUACACAGAGAAGCUCCAGGAAGCUGUCGCAGAGCACGCCAAGGAAGCCGGGGAAGGCUAUCAGGCCCCCAAUAUUAUUUUAGAUAUUCAGCCUGGAGGCAAUCACGUGAUUGAAGAUUCUCACAAAAAGAUUACAGCCCAAAUUAAAUUCCUAUAUGAGGAACUUGGACUUGACAGCACGAGUGUUUUCGAGAAUCUUAAGAAAUACCUGAAGUUCUGAAUUGCCACAUUCAACUGGGAAUCGAAAAUACAAUUUUGCGUACUAUAGUCUCACCAGCGAAGACACUGAUGCACAUGUUGCUUAAUCUGGACAAGUUCAAGCCACGCUCCCUGGAAGGACAUAGGGAGGAAGCGGGGACAGCCCACUGGGGGCUCCCUUCAGA